GGGUGGGUUUGUUGGGAAAAAAUGAAGGAAAAAAUGCAUUAAUUUUGCACUGAAAAUCUCUCUGGAUGCAGUAUAUCAAUUAUCAUCACGGACCAGAACUGAAUAUGAAUAAAAUCUUUUUGGUGCUGGGUGCACCUUGAAAAGCAGCUCUUAACCUCAGAAUCUAAAAAAAAAGUACAAGAGUAACUAAGUCAUACAGCUGAACGUCCGCUGACAGGUACAGCUUAACAGUCUAGGUACGGCCACGGAUACCGAAGUAUCUGGAGGUAGAACGCCUGUAAGGACAAAAAAAAAAUCCGUGCGAUCAACUUGUUUUCCCGCACUUUUUGGGCCCGAGAUAUGGCAAUGGUAGUUAGUACUUGGCGAGAUCCUCAGGACGACGUGGCCGGAGCUCAGGGCGGCCAGUCUGCACAAGCGCAGCCGGGCCAGCAACAGCAGACGACGUCGGGUGCUCCUCACACACCGCAGACCCCGGGCCAGCCGGGGCCGCCUUCCACUCCGCUCGGAGGCAGCAGUCAGAGCGUCCAGCCGGGCGGUGAGAAGCAGCCGUCCAGCCAGCAACAGCAGCACAUUGAGUGUGUCGUGUGUGGGGAUAAAUCCAGCGGCAAGCACUACGGCCAGUUCACAUGUGAGGGCUGUAAAAGUUUCUUCAAGAGAAGUGUUCGGCGAAACUUAACGUACACAUGUCGUGCCAACCGGAAUUGUCCUAUAGAUCAGCACCACCGCAAUCAGUGUCAAUACUGUCGCCUGAAGAAAUGCCUCAAAGUUGGGAUGAGACGCGAAGCGGUUCAGCGAGGAAGAAUGCCUCCAACUCAGCCAAACCCAGGCCAGUACGCGUUGACGAAUGGGGACCCUUUGAACGGCCAUUGCUAUCUGUCUGGAUACAUCUCCUUACUACUGCGGGCCGAGCCUUACCCAACCUCUCGGUAUGGGAGUCAAUGUAUGCAGCCCAACAACAUCAUGGGUAUCGAGAACAUUUGUGAGCUGGCUGCACGAUUGCUUUUCAGCGCUGUGGAAUGGGCCAGGAAUAUCCCUUUUUUCCCAGAUCUGCAGAUCACAGAUCAGGUGGCUCUGUUAAGGCUGACUUGGAGUGAGUUAUUUGUGCUCAAUGCUGCCCAGUGUUCGAUGCCGUUGCAUGUGGCUCCUCUGCUGGCUGCUGCCGGCCUCCAUGCCUCACCGAUGUCCGCGGACAGGGUCGUUGCCUUCAUGGAUCACAUAAGGAUCUUCCAGGAGCAAGUCGAAAAACUGAAAGCUCUCCAUGUUGACUCGGCAGAAUACAGCUGUCUUAAAGCUAUUGUGUUAUUCACAUCAGAUGCCUGUGGCCUGUCGGAUGCUGCCCAUAUAGAGAGCCUGCAGGAGAAAUCUCAGUGUGCUCUGGAGGAAUAUGUGAGGAGCCAGUACCCAAACCAGCCGAGCCGCUUUGGCAAGCUCUUACUGCGACUGCCUUCUCUUCGUACCGUCUCCUCCUCGGUCAUCGAACAGCUCUUCUUCGUCCGUUUGGUAGGUAAAACACCAAUUGAAACCCUCAUCAGAGAUAUGUUACUGUCGGGGAGCAGCUUCAACUGGCCUUAUAUGUCCAUCCAAUGAUGAGAGAAGGAUACCCCUCCCCAAACAAAACAAAAAAAACAAAAGCAUUUUAGGCGAGACUCCCUCUCUAUUCAAGGACUUGAAAGUUCUUAUAGGAUGAUAUCUGUGAAAAUAAAAGGACCUUCCAAGAGGCCAAGCUGUUGACUGUGGGAUUUAUUCUGUGAAAAGGAACUGAACCUGCAUCAUAUGUAGAACCACACUUACCACAAGCAUUGUUUAUCAUUUUGUAAAAUAUUAGUCUUUAUUUUCUUUUUUUGUAAAAUUAAAAAAAACAUCGUAUGCGCAUUUUAAAACAAAUCAGAAAUUAGGGGGAAAAUAACAUUUUCCAAAUAAUUAUAAAUUUGUCCUGUGUCUGUGUAUCUAUAUCUGUUUUGUAUUUUUUUUCUGGUUCCAAACCAGGUUUUCUGUGAUUCUAUACUAAUUUUUUAUAUGACCUUUUGCUUCAUAUAACGAGUGCGAUUUAUGUCGUCAAAACUAUGUUCUCCAAGAAUUAAAAUUGAAAUCAGAAUUAAACAAAUAAAUAAAAGAAUUUAGCACAACAUUUAAAAAAAAGGAAACUUUGUCGCUUUAAGCGUACCAACCAGCCUGCAGUAUUGGCGAAACUGACGUUUUUAAAAGUGAUCAGAUUAUACGAGAGCACUCCUAAAUGUUAAUAGAGAAAACGUGUUUUUAAACUCUCACGCUGUGGACGCUCUGAAGAACAUUUGUAUUCUGUGCCGAUUCCCAUUGCCUCUGUAGUUUUGGUCUGAGUGUCCAAGGCACUUCUGUCUUUGAUUUAACAAAGGUCUCCAUGAACUCUGGAAUUAGUUUGGCUGAAGUUGCUGAUUUAUAUUCAGGACUAACCUUGAUUAAAGUUUUAUUUUGUUUAUGAGAACCGCCCCCCAUCCCACCUCCGCAAUGUAUCCGACUUUCCACGUGAAAUAAAAACUAUUUUUUCCUAUUUGCCCCCCCCCACCCCCACCAACACCACCAAGUCUCUAAAUCACCACUCCUCUUCCAAUUUUUAAUCAUGUAACCAAACUUUCUUAUCACUACUGCCAAGCCUGUUUACCUGUAGACUUUAAAAUAAACACAACGUCUAGAAAAAAAGUACAAGCGCCGUAAUCUUGCAAACGCUGUACUGUGGCGUUGUUCUGUGGGUAUGAUGGAAUAUUCUUGUAAAAAUGGUUGUUAUGUUGGAACAGUUACAAAAGUGAUAUAAAAGAGAUCUAUCGUA